CCGCCACGCCGACCGCGCAAUGGGCCACCAAUGGCCACCACCGCCGCCGCCGCCGCUCUCUCCUGCUCCUGCUCCCCGUCCCCGUCCCCUUCCUCCACGCUCCUCCUCCGGCGAACCGUCUCCGCCUUCCACCGCCGACCUGCCCAUGCCGGCACCCGCCGCCCCCGCCUCGCCCCCUUGCACGUGGUGGACGACUCCAAGGAGGUGGAGACGAGGUCGGAGACGGACAGGCUGGUGGACGGCCUGAACUUCGGGGAGCUGUGCAACGACUUCGAGUGCAUAAGCAGCCCGUACGUGGAGUCCACGGCCAGGCAGAUCGCCAGGGACAUCCUCGAGAUCCGCCAGGACAACCGCGCCCUCAGCUGCUACGCCGUCGCCGUCAAGUACAAGGAUCCUCUCAGGUCAUUUGUUGGGCGUGAGAAGUACAAGAGGCCAUUGUGGAUCACCGAGGCCCUGGAAAAACCUAUAGUGACAGUCCAGGAAAUGUCAAUGCAAUCCACAAGCAGUCUGACCAUCAAGUGGACACUGAGGGGGAAACCCAAGAACGCCUUCUUCGCGGCCGCGGGAGGGGAGCUGGUCGUCCGUGUCGACUCGCAGUUCAUCCUAAACCAGAUCAGCGGGCAGGUGCUGGAGCACUUUGAGUCGUGGGACCUCUCUGCGUCGUCCCCUCUCGCCCAGGCCUACUUCUGGUUUUCCAGGAGGGUUUACUCCACCGUGGAGGCCGGCAAGGACACGAUCGAGGCCGCCAAGGGCUUGGCGUCCCGGCUGAACAAGGACGAUAAUAUUGAGGUCUAUCCCGACCCUCUGGGAGAUCCGACGAAGUUCUUUACGAGGCCUGAUGAUCUGAACCAGGACGUGGUUCAGAUUGGGCUCUUCCUGGCCGUUCUCUACUUCAUUGUACAGUUCCUGAAAACGACUCUGUGAUGAUGACUGUAUUAGCUACGACCCGUAUCUGAAGAACACUUGGAAUGUCAUGGUGAACUCGAUCUCCAGAAUGAGGUUGUGUGUAUAUACAUACCAUGUAUCGAUGUCUAACAUACUCAUAUCACAGGCAUUCAUGCCCACGCAGGCAUGAGUUUUGAGACUAGUCACUUUAUGGUCA